CUGAAAUCUCUCCCACUCUCACCAUUUUGUUUGUCUUUUUUAGUGAAAAGCUCGAAUUCUCGUGGAGUCAAAUUUGGAUCGGUACAGUAAUCCUCCCAACUACAGUACCUUCGAACCGCCCAUGUUUUUUGCAGUUGAAAAUGGCUGUUCCAAUAGCUCAGGUUAAAAUCAAUGCAGGUGAUAAAAUCAAGGAUCAAUUCGUGGUGAAGAAAAAACUUGGUGAAGGCGCGUGUGGUCAAGUUUUCCUUGUUGAAUUGCUACAAGGGGUAAGAUACUGUAGGGGGUACUGUAGGAGUACUGUGAUUCUUGAAGCGAAUAUGGGUUACUGUAGUCUUCAAGGAUAAUAGGAUUCUCUGAAAAUAAUUUUAAAAGAAAAAUCGAUUAGGGUUACUGUAGAAGUACUGUACUUCUAGCGAAAUUCACAGAACAAAGCCAAGAAAUUCUGAAUCAGAGGUUGCUGUAAUCAGGUGUACUGUAAUAAGAAAAUUGUGCAACUGAUUUUCUUCAUUUUAGGGUUACUGUAGGACUACUGUAUCUAAAUAAAUAAUUGAUUUAUUUCAAAAAUUCGAAUUUUUUUUGGAAACUUUGAAAAAUAUGCCAAAAGGUUCUGAAUUUUUGGAAUAUCAAAAGGUUACUGUAAUUUUCAAGGAACAUAUCAUUGUUUCAAAAAGUUUAGGUUACUGUAGGAAUACUGUAUUUGAAUGACAAAAGGUUCUGAACUUUUGGAAGAUCAUAAAAGUAUUUUUCAAGGAACGUGGAUUUUUUUUUUGAAAAAUUUUGAAUUUUUUGGGUUACUGUAGUAUUACAGUACUUUCAGUCUCCUGAAGCGAUGCAAAUUUCCAAAAAUAUUCUAAUUGAUUUCAGAAAGGGCGUGCAGCAAUGAAGGUUGAACCACUGAUGAAAAACAAAGAGGACGAAAUUCUCAAAAUGGAAGUGUAUGUGUUGAAAAAAUUGCAAUCCUCGCGACACGUUUGCCGUCUUCUCGGAUCAGGCAAAACCGACACUUAUACCUAUCUAGUGAUGUCAUUACUCGGAAAAGAAGUUGGCGAUGUUCGUCGUCGACUCCCCGGUCGAAAAAUGUCGCCGCCGUCAACUAUUCGAAUUUUCAUUCAACUCAUCAAAGCGCUUCAAGACAUGCACGAAGCCGGUUUUGUGCAUCGCGACGUGAAACCGAGCAACAUGGCGUUGGGUUUGCGAAACGAGCAAGUGGUUUAUAUUUUCGAUUUUGGAUUGAGUCGACAAAUUAUGUUGCAAGAUGCGAGUGGCAAAUUAAAACUCCGUGAGCCGCGUUCAAAAUCAGUUUUUCGGGGAACAGUUAGAUAUUGUAGUUUGAAUGUGCAUCAACAUAAAGAACAAGGCAGACAUGAUGAUCUGUAAGUUUUUUUUUUCAAUUUGGCGGUAUUUUACGCUUGAAAAACAACAAAAAAAUGCAUUGAUUACUGUAGUGCGCUUGAAAUGUGUGCAAACACACAUGCACACACACACAUUUUAUUUGACGCGCACGUAUUUUUAUUUUCCGAGAGAGAAUUUUUCACCGAAACUUCUGUAGUUUUUACAACGAAUAUCUUUUUUCAGAUAUGGUGCACUUUAUGCAAUGAUAGAAACACUAACCGCAACUUUGCCUUGGAAAGGUCAACCCAAAAAAGAGACUGCAAAAAAUGAAGGAGAAAACCAAAGAUGAUCAAUUGUGUAAAGGUUGUCCAAAAUCAUUUCUUGAAAUUGCUAGCAAUCUUCGAAAAUUGAAAUAUCAAGACACUCCGCCAUAUUUAUCAUAUAUGGAAAAACUCAAAAAUGAUUUGCCGAAAGGAAUGAAGAUGUAGGUUUUUUUCGCACUUCUUCAAAGUUUCACAUUUCAAAAUUCGUUUUUUAGGACUGAUCCAUUUGAAUGGAAUUUGAAUAAAUCGACAUUGGAUGAGAAUGGAAAUGAUAAAUCGGACAGAGAUAAUGCGGAACGUGGCGAGGGAGCUGAUACGGUUAAUGAGAUUGAUGAGAGUGUUAUAACGGAAGAUCGGAACACUGGAGAAUCGUCGAAAGAUGCGGAAGAAUAUGGAAAAGAGGAUACGUUGGAAGGAUUGUAG